AUGGUCGCUAAGAGUGGUACCGCUAUUCAUAAGCUUGCAGUCGACAGCAAAACCCGAGAAACGACAAAUAAAAAAUGGAUCGUGGUAACCACUAUCAAUAGUCCCACCAAAGACAUAAUGCGCCUUGCCAGGACACCGGGAUGGUCGCUGGUGGUAGUCGGUGACGUUAAAACACCUUCAAAUUGGUCUCUAGAAGGCGUGCAUUUUCUCAGCAUUCACGACAAACGAGACAAUAGGUCUAAGAAUCUACCGUACAAAUCCUACACUAGAAAAAAUGUAGGAUAUCUAUAUGCGAUACAGCACGGCGCCGAGUGGAUUUAUGACACGGACGAUGACAACAAGCCUUAC